UCGCAUGUCGGGCCGGUUUCGAGUAUCGGGUGACCUGCGCCCGAGCAGCGCCCGAAGUAUAAAAACUACCACCCCGCAGGGACCUUAUCAAUCGACUCCAAUUCGGUAGACCACCAACAUGUACUCUAAAAUCGCAAUUUUUAGCGCCCUGGUAGCGAUUUGCUCCGCGGGCCUGAUCCUGGAGGAUGGCCAUAACCACGGGCACGGACACGCCGUCUCCUCCCAGAGCAUCGUCCGCCACGACCAGCCAUCUCACCACGUAGAGAGCCACGACAGCCACUACGCGACUCCCAUCGCUCACACCAUCUACCAACAUUCUGCUCCUCUCAUCCACUCUUCCCCCGCAAUUAUUGAACAGAGCUCCCACCUGGAGCAUUCCUAUGAGCACAGCACUCCUUUGUUCCAUGCCGUACAUGCUACCCCCGUGGUCCACGCUGCCCCUAUUGUCCACGCCGCCCCCGUCCUCCACCAAACAGCCCAGAUCCACCACGCGCCCAUCGUACAACAUGUCGCUCCCGUUGCAACCAUCGCCGUAGGACAUGACCACCACGAACAUAUCGAAGAGCAUGGUCCUGCUAAGUACGAAUAUGCCUACUCAGUGGAGGACCCCCAUACCGGCGACCACAAGUCCCAGCACGAGACCCGCGACGGUGACGUUGUGAAGGGCGAGUACACCCUGCUGCAGCCCAAUGGCUCCAUCCGCAAGGUCACAUACACCGCCGAUCACCACAAUGGUUUUAACGCCAUCGUGCACAACUCAGCGCCGACCGUGCACGAGCACGCGCCCGCCCACCACGAUGGACUCGCCCUCAACGCGUACCACCAUUGAAUACCUUGCACAUUAACGCACUAUUAACGUAUUGAAUAAAUAUUGUUAUUAUUUAUACACA